UCUAAAUCGAUGGUAACCAUGUUGCACGUAUGGCAAAAUGAUGAAAAUUCAAUAUGUGUUUAAGUGUGUUCAUGAAUGCGUAACGUGUGGAUUAAUUAUUAGCCGUGAGUGUAAUGAAUAAUUACUUAAAAUACUGUUGAUUGACAAUUACUUUUUAAGUGAUUAGCCUAAACUUCGAGAUAACCGUUAAACAAAGAGUUAUAAUUUUAUGUAGUUGGCUUUUAGACGUCUAAUUCUAUAAAAUAGUAAUGUUUCUAGCCCGGUUUAUACCUAUAAAAAAAAUUAUUAUUUAAUAAAACUUAAGUUUGAGUUUGCUCUGUAACCUUUUAGUUUUGCUACCUAAUGAAAUAAGUUCUAAUUUCAGUAAACAUUGAAUAACAAUGUCGGCUUCAGCAAUUUAUAUUUUGGAUGUAAAAGGCAAGGUUUUAAUAUCUCGUAAUUACAGAGGCGAUAUUGCUCCAAAUGUCAUUGAAAAGUUUAUGCCGUUAUUAAUGGAAAAAGAAGAGGAAGGCUCGUUGACUCCCUUGUUGCAAACAGAAGAAUGCACUUUUACGUACAUUAAAUGUAAUAAUCUUUAUGUAGUAUCUACAACUAAAAAAAAUGCAAAUAUUAUGUUAGUAUUUGUUUUUCUUCAUAAAAUUGUACGUGUAAUGAAUGAAUAUUUUAAAGAAAUUGAAGAAGAAAGCAUUCGUGACAAUUUUGUUGUUAUAUUUGAAUUACUAGAUGAACUUCUUGAUUUUGGAUAUCCACAAACAACUGAUAGUAAAAUAUUACAAGAGUACAUUACUCAAGAUGGUCAUAAACUUGAAAUACAACCAAGAAUUCCAAUGGCUGUGACUAAUGCUGUGUCCUGGCGCUCUGAAGGGCUUAAAUAUCGUAAAAAUGAAGUAUUUUUAGAUGUCAUAGAAUCUGUCAAUUUAUUAGCUAGUGUAAACGGAAAUGUAUUAAGAAGUGAAAUAGUGGGUUCAAUCAAAAUGAGAGUAUAUUUGUCUGGCAUGCCUGAGCUUAGGUUAGGGCUUAAUGAUAAAGUUCUCUUUGAAAGUACAGGACGAGGUAAAUCCAAAUCUGUAGAAUUAGAAGACGUAAAAUUUCAUCAGUGUGUACGACUAUCAAGAUUUGAAAAUGAUAGGACUAUAUCAUUUAUUCCUCCAGAUGGUGAAUUUGAUUUAAUGACUUACAGAUUGAGUACUCAUAUAAAACCUCUAAUUUGGAUUGAAAGUGUUAUUGAGAGGCAUGCUCACAGUCGUGUUGAGUACAUUGUAAAGGCAAAAUCACAAUUUAAAAGGCGUUCUACUGCUAAUAAUGUCGAAGUUGUCAUUCAAGUUCCAAUGGAUGCUGAUUCACCUAAGUUCAAAACUACUGUAGGGUCUGUUAAAUAUAUGCCUGAACAAAAUGCACUUAUAUGGUCAAUUAAAUCAUUCCCGGGUGGCAAAGAGUAUUUGAUGAGAGCUCAUUUUGGUUUACCAAGUGUUGAGUGUGAAGAAAUUGAAGGUAGACCACCAAUUCAAGUUAAAUUUGAAAUUCCAUACUUUACAACAUCUGGUAUUCAAGUUAGAUACUUAAAAAUUAUUGAAAAAAGUGGUUAUCAAGCUUUACCAUGGGUACGAUAUAUUACUCAAAAUGGAGACUAUCAAUUAAGGACAAAUUAAAAACUUUUUUUUUUUUAAUAUUUAAUUUCUUGUAAAAAAGUUUAAAAAAAUGAUUUUAAUAUUAAAUGAGCUGUUUUAUAAUUUUAAUAAUUAAGUCAUUUUGUUAAUCCGUCCUAAUUGUUGUAUUAUUCAAUUUACCAUUUUUAAUAUUUUCAUUGUUUUUUCAAUUUUUCCAUUAGUUAAAGAAUAUUAAAAGACAUAAUUAACUUUUAUAA